CUCGUGUUUUGUUACCUACAUCUUGUUCUCAACGGUUAUUAUGCUCGUUCACUGGCUUUCUUCCACUUUCCUCUAAUUAUGCUUUCGACAUGUUCAUAUACCAUUUCUCAAGUGCUUGUGAUGUGUGUCUGCAAGCCUACACUGAAGAUGCACCUGUGGCCAAGCAACCCCACGUAAUUCCUUGCUGUCAUAUCUUCUGUAAAGGAUGCCUAGAAACAAUACUGGACACAACAACCGAUAGUCAAAGCCGAGGACGCUGCCCUCUGUGCAGACAUUUCUUUGCUCCUGCUGGUAUCAAGAAACUCCAUGUUGACGCUCCAACCCUCACUCAUGAACAGGAAGAUCAAGCACUGUUAAGGCUCGUUUUAGACAAAUGGGAUUCGGAAGGAGAGGAUCUGGCAAGUUUGAUUACCCAGGUAGAUAGUUGGUUGGUUGGGAAGGAUGAAAACUUGUAUCAGGGCUUGCGAAAAGCUCGAAAAGCUCUGGCGCAACGAGAAGAGAUGCAAUCUCAAAUCUUGGAGAACAGACACACCAUCCGUUCGUAUAAGAGGCUACUCAAGAGCGCCCAGAAUUCUGCACUAGAGGAGCAAGAGGUGUCUAUGGCUAAAGAAGUGUCAGCCCAGGAAUUACAGAAUCGACUUGAUCGUUCACGAGUAGAAAUCCAAGAGCUUCGCGAUUACAUAGCCCUUUUGGAGGGUGGCCGGUCUCAUCAUCGUGAUAAAGGGAAGGGAAGGGCAAUGCCGUUAUUGGAUCCGACUUUCCAAACGAGCAGAGCACGAAACCCUCUACCGGCUCCCCCACAACACAUAGCAUCCAAUAACUAUUACCUGAACACUCCUCCUAUCAUCGAAGAUAACGACCUAGAGUUGGCGACCGCCAUAGAAGAAUCCCUGCGAUACCAACAACCUCAGUACGUUCAGCAAUCAGGCUCCACUGCUGGUCCUUCCCGUAUCCCAGCGAUCGGCACAUCCUAUACUGUAGCUAACGACCCCGCCGUCGCUCCCUACCCUGUUGCGGUGCAUUUUGCAGAUGGUAGCACUACUGGUCAUCAUUCUGAAGUACAUCCCCAGCGCAACUCAUAUUCCAGGGGUUCUCGCUCUGAUUAUCCGAGAUAUCAGUCUACGUCUACUCCUUCACCUCCAAGACGAACCAUGAUGCCUUCCGGCCCGCCUGAGACGGAUAGAGUUGCCCCAGAUGCCUAUUACGGUCCCUCUAAUCCUCCCAUCUCAGAACAGGAUCUCUUAGCGCUGCGCAAAUCUGUCGAAGACAUGAACCUUCGCCAGGCUGAGUCGUCGAAUCGUACUUCACAGGCGGACCCGCGGCGCCAUCGACGCAAGGAUGACCGUACACGUAAUGACUGGGCUCGCGAGGCUACAAGACAAGACCAAAUUCGUGGUGUCACUGGCCUGGGCUUGAUCAAUGAGAACGUUGACGAAGCUUGGCCCCAGAUUCAGCAACCGCAUCUAAAUGUUGCACCCCAACCUCUUUUUCAACAGGAAGUAAUUGAACACAGUUUCGAAUUUCCUAGUGCAAGAGCAGUGUCUGCUACCGCCCCAGCUACAUCGAGGGCCAGAAUCACGCAGACCCAUGAUUCCGCUGCAUCUCUCGAUACCCAGAUGCGCCAGGUGUUUGUGCAGUUGAAUCCCCCCCGACAUCAGGCAUUGGCGAGAGAUUCUGAUGGUCAAUCUCUAUUGUCGAACGACACCACUGGAACUUGGCACUCUGAUCAAGUUGGGGAAAGGAUUCAGCGACGGUCUAUGAAUAGUGAUAUCCUGAACAGCCUAACAACAUUUCCCUCACCAUCCGACAGAAGGAGUAGUAUCUCCAGUAUUGUAUCCUUGCAAAAUUCUUUUCUACCUCCAAUUCCACCGCAGCCAAGCAGAGGUAGUAAUGUUUCAUUGAUACAUUCACGAGCUGGCGAUACAAAUACAUCGUUAUCGAGUGCGAGUGGCGCGCCCGCGGGAUCCGCAACUACGACCCUCGGCUUCUUCACGCCCGAGACUCCAAGGCCUGGUAAUGCUUCGACGACGACUGGUCACACGCACUUUACACAGCCAGCUAGAGAGAGUGGAGGAGGACGACCACGACCGUCGAGACAUUUAACCCAACCUAUACCCGUCCGAACUGAUAUUCACAUGCUGAGAGGUUCUGGGACGAUACCUAUUGCGACUAUAGCUCAUGGUCAAUCCUCCCGUGCCGUUCAGCCGCCUACUACAUACACCCCAAUCCCUUCAGACGUGUCAGAUGGGAAUGACCGUCAACCUAUGCCUACCGAGUUUGGGAAUGCACUUGGACUGGAUUUGAGUCGUGAUCUAGGGUCGGUCGCACAACAAGGAACGGCACUGGCUAAUCCACAACUAUUGGCCCCAACUCCUCGCGCCCCGCACCACCAAUUUCUGAGGUCAUUUAGUGAUGGCCUAUAGAUGGGCUCUAACUUCGAGAGCUUAUAUUUAGAUAUUUUCAAUGUUUGCACUCUACCCUUAUGAUCAGGUGUAUGUAUUCUUCAUUGCUGUUUUUGCUCUCGUCGCAUCGCAUUCUCAAGCUAUACGUGUUGAUCUAAUUCAUAUCGUGUAUGACUUACCUAUCACGCUUUACUUGCAACAGUCAUCCGCCCUGGUUAACUCUGGUUUCUACCUAGACCUCUUCCAUUCGAACAGUCGCAUUCGUUUGAAAUUUGUAGGAGUACUGGAUGGUUAUUUAAACGAGAGGAACUUGUGCGCGAAGUCGCCGGG